UCACAUGCGUUCGUCCAUUGAAGCCUCCACCCUACGUUCAGCCGGCUCACUCCCAUUCGCACACGAGACGUCAACCGCCAGCACCCGCUCUCCAUCAACAGGCUCUCUGAGCUGUCCGUCUUCGCCUUGUCCAUGGCCAUGUACCUGACAAAGAAGGGAAAAGAAAGCAUAAAUAUGUGUCCGUCAGUGAAGCCAUUGUCGGCGUUUUAUCCCCUGUACGUCUGUUGGCGGCUCACUGUCAUCGUCAUCGGGGCCAUUGCCCUGCUAAAGAAGAAGCGCAAUGCACAGUUUUAGCUCCCCUGUGUGUGCGUCGUAUACCGCCUGUGAUGUGGCGUGUCUCAUCCUUUGCUUGGCCUUCUCAUAAGUCUUGUAUAGCUGACGCCAGCCUCCCACGUGUGCAUCGGCCUGGAACUCACUGCUGCUCGAAUACUGAGUGAUCAACACAGCCCCUGACAAGCUCCUGACGUGCUGUCUUGUCCUGGCUCUGCGGCAAAUGGAUUCAUCAUAGUCAUGCUGGUGAGUGAUCAGCUCGUCCACGACAAGAAGGAGCUUCGACUGACAACACACACAAGAGAAUGACAUGGUAUUACAAUCGUGCGCCUGCUCACCUGCAGAUCGUGGAGUGUCAUGCCUUCUUUCCCCCGCCUUUGGCACUCAUCUGCAAAUCUGCACCCUCCCGUGUGCUUUAUAUUGACGAAGAUCUUACUAUCAACUCUGUGGACGCCUUUCUGUUCUCACCUCCCAGCGUCUAUGAAAGCUCUCUCAUCUAUCUGCGUCUCCUGUCCUGUAAAAUCGCUUUCAAGGCCGUUGUUGGUCGGAUGGCCCUGACUGCCGCCUGUCCGCGUACAGGCAACCAGCGCCAUUUCGUGGAGGAAAUGAUCAGAAGCAUUUAUCCACCUCUUCCAUUUCGACCCGAACUUCAGAUCGUCGGUCAGAAGACACGGUCGACUCCCACCGAAGCCGACACUGCAUGGAGGAUCGGCCACAAGGGUAACCAUCGAUGCUGCUUCUGUCCGUCUUACUUGCUCCUUCAUGUAUGGCGAACUCAAGUAAAAUGCCCAGCAUAACACAAAGUCAAGGAAGUCCAAUGGAACCUGACGUAAGCACAAUAGGAGAUAUGGACGAGAGCGCUUUGAACACACUGACAUCUCUGAUUUGCAGUCGAUCUGUGGCCUCCUUCACGGCUGCACUCAGCAUUCGCAACAUCAGUGCGCUCCUCUUCGCCAGACGCCACUCGGUGCUGCGGCCAUGCCACAGCGUCCGCAGAAAACCGACGACGCCGCCAUAACGCCGCCUCCUGCGGGGGCUGUAGAGGCCACGCGAUGACGUCACAUCAUCGCCGCCUUCUCCGGUCCAUGACAGUUUGCCGCUCUCCCAGCCCAGACACCUUGCCACAUUCUUCGCGUUGUUUUUGGGCCCGUCGGGUGUGCCAGGCAAGGAGGUGGGACAGACACGCCGCCGCUGGCCGGCAAAUUGGCUGGAGGCAGCGUCGCCAGGAGGCCGCUGUCAAUCAUGGACAAAAAAGCCAUCGAGUACAUGGUGAGUGGCGGCGGGCCUGAGACGAUUGUCUACCUCACCGAAUCUCGUGCGACGGGCCGACAAUCGUGUCGAGGGCUCGUCUUUGCCUUCCGCCAAGUCACAAAGGCCGUUGUGGCAUAUCAGCAACAAAAGAAUAAGGUAGUGGUUAAGGUUGAGCAUCAUCGCCAGCAGCAACAGUAUGACAUUGAUGUAGUUAUUGGUUUCGCGCUGGAGGAUGACAGACAGCAGCAUGAUGGAAAUCAGCCAGGUGGUGAGCUCACGAGCCUCUACACAGUUCAAGAGGUCCAU